UGAACUGUCAACUGUUACAAACUUGUAUCCUGUUUUGACAAUAAUGAACGAGGAAGAGAGCUAUAAAUUCGCUGCUUGCACGUAUUUCGCCAAAAAUCACCCCGGUGAAACGUGCGGUAGCAAUGGUUUACCCCUUACCCCUAGUUCUGUAACAAUAUUAGGACGAGCUCAACGAUUACUGACUAUAGAACAUCCAAAUCUAUGUACGUACCUGGAUAUUAUUAGAGGCAAACAUGAAAGAAUAAUUGUCGUGGCUGAAGUGAUAGGUAAACCACUGUCAGAGCACUCAUCGAAAUUUUCCAUCCCAGAGGUUACAAGCAUAGCUUUACAAGUGGCAAAGGCAAUGCAGUAUCUUCAUGAACAGGAAAUCACACAUAGAAUACUGUCAGAUGACAAUAUUUUAUUAGAUAAGUGUGGGAGAGUGAAGUUAUUUAAUUAUGGAAUGUUUUAUAUGACAGAUGGUGGAAAAGAAGUGCCAUUUCCAUUGGGGCUUCCUCGUUACUUAAGCCCUGAAACAAUUUUAAAUGGUGGUGGUCCAUCAGCUGAUAUAUGGAAUUUUGGUAUCAUCCUCCUAGAGUUAUGUCUGGGCAAAUUAUGGAAUAGUUUGAAACCUGGGCCCAUCUUACGAAGAAUACUCACUUUGGUGCAUGCUAGUAAUCCAGCAGAAAGAAUUGCGAGGGAACAUGACUGCUUUGAAGCCUAUAAGAAUCUUCCAGAAAGUAUAAGAAGCAUAAUAGAAAAAUGUUUAAAAAUAUAUCCCAGUGAAAGAACAACUUUCACAGAAUUAGUUGAUGAUUUAUCAAAAAUUAGUGAACAAAAACCAAUAGAAGUGAAAAAGCCAAGGGGGUUAUUAGGUUGUAAACUACAAUUUCUAUAUCACUGGUGGCAGUUAGCUGGUGGUGAUAUUAUAUCUGAAUUGAAGAAGAAUGGCUUGAUAAAGAAUAGUCCUCCUAUUUUGUCUAUGCCCAUAGCAAUACUACUGGAUGGAUGUACAAUAGGAGGCAAGAAAAAUGCAUUAUUUGACAGAAGAAUAGCCAAGUAUAGUUUGGAAAUAUUGAAAAACCGUCUUGCCCAUAUUUCGCCUCAUGAUUUUUACCCACUAAUGCAUGAAAGAAGGAAAGAAUAUGAUGCUGUUUCGUUACCAAAGAUCAUAAGAGAAAAAGAUACUGAAUAUCAGUUCUAUAGAUUAAUUUGGUUUCAGAGACUUCUGCAUGGCUACCCCUACACAGCUCAGUACAUAAGAGCUCAAGCAGAGAUCGAUAUACCGCCCCUAGUGAGGGGGGACGUUUGGGCAGCCCUAUUGGGCGUUGUGGGAGAUAUAGAGGACCAGUACGAAAGGAUUGAUAAGGAGACCCCUACGCCUACUGAUAGACAGAUCGAUGUAGAUAUUCCGCGUUGUCACCAGUACUGUUGGUUGCUCUGCGGGAGGGCUGGCCAUAAGACAUUAAAACGGCUGUUGAAAGCGUGGCUGUUGACCAACCCGCAAUAUGUGUACUGGCAAGGCUUGGACUCUCUGACUGCACCAUUUUUAUACUUGAACUUUUGUAAUGAAGCUCGCGCUUUCGCCUGCCUCUCGGCGUUUGUGCCCAAAUAUUUGCAUAAGUUCUUCCUAAAAGACAACAGUGCGGUCAUCAAGGAGUAUCUAGCUAAGUUCUGGCAGAUAACCGCCUUCCACGAGCCGGAGUUGGCGGCGCACUUGCACGACAUCAACUUUGUGCCUGAACUGUUCGCUAUACCCUGGUUUCUGACUAUGUUCUCUCAUGUAUUCCCUCUACAUAAAAUCGUCCAUCUCUGGGACGCUUUGCUGGUGGAAGGGCCCCAAUUGCCCCUGUUCAUGGGUGUGGGCAUUUUGAGGCAAUUGCGAGAUACAUUACUGGAUUCCGGUUUCAAUGAAUGCAUUUUAUUGUUCUCGGAUCUGCCUGAAAUCGAUAUUGGGGAGUGUGUUAAGGAGUCCAUAGAGAUGUCUCGCAGUACACCACGAAGUAUCAGUUAUAGAAGAUUCGCAAAUGAGCCUGAAAUAAGAGAUCCUAUGGAUGUAGUGGAAGUGCCGAUGGAGGUGUUGCUAGCCGAAAUAUGUCCUCGGAUCAACCUUUCCGAUUUCUUCUCGCUAACUUGCCAAGAGAAAUGCUGUGUGGUUGAUAUUAGAUCCAAUUUGCUAUACGAAAAGAGUUGCAUAGAGGGCAGUAUCAACGUGCCCUACAGCGGGGUACACUUGGGUCAGCACGAGUUGCGGGCGCUCGGCCUGCACCCCCACCGGGCGUUGGGUGAGGCGAUCGCCUCCAAGAAAACUGUCGUAAUCGCCUCCGCUGAGGAUGAAACAGCGCAAUUGUUCAGCGACUAUCUGGUGAAGUGCAAAGUGCCCCGAGUGUGUAUACUCCACGGCGGCGUGAGUGCGCUGCACUCGCACGUGCCCUCUCUGUUCACGGUGCCGCCUAAACGCAACGGUCAUAAGUGAAAAAAAAAAAAGAAAUAAACAAAAAGACCGAUUGCGCGGGAAAAUUUGAAUUUUUAAAUAUAAUAUUCCGGAAAU